CAAACCUGCAGUCAGAGACCAACUGGCACCCUGAUCUCCAAGAAACCGAGUUGUAACCAUUGUGUUUUUAGGCACCCCUCACUCGCACAUACUUGUUUUCAAGUCUCAGUGACCUCAUCAGCCCCUCUGUAUUCAGAGGCCAAAAAAAAACCCAAACAGAACUACAAAAUGCAAAACCGUACCGCCACGCGGGCGGUAUAUCUCCCUUGUGCGAGCCUGCCCGGGAAGCUCGCUGCUUUCCUCGCAACUGGCAGCUGUUGCCCUCACACUUGCUGGCAGCGACGCCCGGCAGAACCGUCAAAUAGCGGCUCCGGCUCAGCCACGUGCCUCGCCGCGAAGUGACGUCACGCCCAACGCCCACGCACGUCUUGCGCACUGCCGCGACCCUCCCCCCUCCCCGGGCAACGGCCUCCCACCAAGCCGAUUGGAGGAGCCGCCCCCGCCCGUUCCCGCGCUGCGGCCCCGGGGGUUGCGGAGCCUCCCCGAGCGCCCACGGCCGCCAUGGGAGAGACGGCGCAGCCCCCGCGGCCCGGGAUCGGCGUGGGGGUGGUGGUCACCAGCCCCGCGCACCCCGACUGCGUCCUCCUGGGCAAGAGGAGAGGCCCGGUGGGGACCGGCACCUACCAGCUCCCCGGAGGCCACCUGGAGUUCGGGGAGAGCCUGGCGGAGUGCGCCGCCCGGGAGACGCUGGAGGAGGCGGCGCUGCGGCUGCGUAACCUCCGCUUCGCCUCCGUCGUCAACUCCGCAUGCGCAGCCGAGCGCUACCAUUACGUCACCGUCCUCAUGAAGGGGGAGGCGGAGCCAGGGGCGGAGCCGCGCAACUGCGAGCCCGAGAAGAACGAGGGUUGGGAAUGGGUUAAAUGGGACGAAUUUCCUCCAGCAGAUCAACUGUUCUGGGCCUUACGCUGUUUAAGAGAGCAAGGUUACAAUCCUUUCACAGAAGAGCUUGAUCAUCUGAAGGGGUACACAGGAAGUCACCAACUAGCGUGAAAAACUAAUUGUAUGUUAUGUAACAAACCAAAGGACAGACCUGCUCUUUUGGUGUAAAAGAGAAGAGGAUGUAUCACGUCAAAGUAUUACCCUUCCUAAAGCCAAAAAGAUGCCAAAUGUUUCAGUGCUUUUGCCAUAUUUCACAUGACAGCUGUCUCUCAUUCUGGAGCUAUCUCUAGGUCCAGUGGUUACCGAUUCAUGUUUUGUUUUAUAGAAAACUCAUAGUGUUUUAUCUGGUUGAUUUUGCUAUAGAUGAAUAGCCCUUGGGAAGUCAGAACUAGGCAGUGAAGCUUCCUGACUUCGAAACAGUUACAGCAUCAGGCCCAAGAGAAACUGACUUGUUUAAACCACUGUCCUGCUUUCAAUGCAAAACUUUGUAUGUCAUGCUGCUUUCCGGUGAUUAUAAAUCUCAGACCAGUUUUUACACUUAGCCUUCUCUCAUUGCUUCAGUUAAGAUACUGUCCUGAACAAAAGUCACAUUUUACAGACAACGCCUCAUUCUGCAGACAGCAGUAUAUACUUGAAAAUCAGAAUAUUAGAAACAUGAAAAGGUUGUGGUGGCUUGCUGCAGGGAUUGAAAAUUCCCUGGCCCUUCUUGCCACCCCCUGUCAUUACAGGCUUCUGUUUGCGGCCUUGGUUACAUUAGAAUUUAUCUGCAGAAGUGUUUCAGAUCUCUGCAGUUGAUCUUAAUUCCUGAUCAUGUUACUAAAUUCUUAAUAGUUUAAUGGAAAGGUGCCUACAGUGUUCUACUAGACUGACAAAUAAUGUGUCAUAAAUAAUAUUUUCAUAUCACAUAAAUAUUUGUAGGUGUAGCUCUAUGGUAGACAGUCAUACUUUUUGGCUAAAGAGGGUUGUCAGUAUUAAACAGCACAGAUGGGUGUAAUUCUGUAUGGCUACUGGGAUUUGAUAGAAAUUGUUAUUUUUUUCUAUUUGAUAGAAAUUGUUAAUUUUCAUUUUGAUGUGACUAAAUGAUUGAACAGGUAGCGAAUGAUACCACAGUACACAAAGAUACAUACAAAACCAAGGAGUUUAUAUUUUUCAUUUUUCUAGAUCUGUAACCAAAUUUGAUUCUUUUCCAGCUGUAGUCAUUAGGACAUCAGCCUAAUCCUAACCUAUCCUAAUUUUAGGAUAAAACUUUAAAAACAAAAAUCACUAAUUGGCUUUUUUUUCCCCUCUUCAGGGUUCUUUUAAAACAGUUUUUGUCUGUUUCCUUUAGCUAUACCAGUUGUACAAAGUGUUCUGAGAUACCUUCAAUUUCUUUUGAAUAAAACAUAAGCACAAUA